CUUCAGCUUGAUUUUGAUGUUCUCUCAAAAGACAAAUAUGAGCUCGAGGAAAAUAUUGAUUCUUUAGAAAGGGAACUUAAGGAUGACACUAAAGAGUUAGAUGAACAAAGAAUAACCCUUGGAAAUUUAGAAAAAGAGAAAAAAGACUUUAUGGAACAUAUUUCACAAUUAGAAGAAAGUGAUAUGAAUAACAAAAAUGAAAUAGAUUCUUUAAACACCAGACAAAUUGAAUUAGUUGAGGAAAUUGAAAGACUAAAUAAAAAUAUAAAUUUACAACAAAGUGAGAAAAUUGAAUUGCAAGAGAAAGAAAAGUCACUUCAAAAUGACAUAAAUGGAUUACAAACGCAAAUAAAAAGCAAGGAUAAUGAAAUGUGUGAAAUGCUAAAAAACAUGGAAGAAAAAAAUGCUUAUUUUGAAAAGCUAGAAUCAGAGAAAAUGGAAAUUGAGAAACAGUUCCAAAAGAUUUCAGAUGACGUCUUAGUAUUGCAAGAAAAAGAAUCAAAUAACGUUGAUGCUAUAAAGAAGCUUGAAGAACAUAUUCAAAAAAGUGAGUUAGAAAAGGAGAGUAUACAGGGUAAUCUGUCUUUGAAAUGUGUUGAAAUGAAUGAACUGCAGGCAAGGUUUGAUGAUUUCCAAUCUGAAAAUGCUUGUCUAGUUCAGGAGUAUGACCUAUUACAGCAGACAUUUAAUGAUCUCAAAGAAACAGAAGAAGUUGUAAGGUCGAAACUUACCGAAAUGACAGCUUGUAGGGAUGAAAUAUUGUCGAAACAUCAGUAUACAGAUGAACAGUUAAGAACUAAUGAAAAAAGCCUUCAAGAUAUGAUGGUGGAAAGAGACUCUUUGGUAAAUGAAAAGGAAACUUUGAUGGAUGAAGUUACUUUAUUGAAACAUCAGUGUUCUGACUUUGAAGCUAAAACAUCAGAUUUAGAAAAUCAGUUAACAGAAAUGUGUUCAAUUAAAGAUAACUUAGAAGAACAAUUUAAGGAGACUUCAGGUGAAGUUGGGAAGAAAAAUACAGAAACACAAACUUUACAGAAGAAAAUUAAAGAAAUGACAGAUGAGAUCAUAAGUCUUCAAAACAAUAAUGAAUUAUCUGUAAAGGCAAUCAAAGAUUUAGAUGAAAAAUGCAAAAUGAAAGAGCAAAUGGAGCAAACAUAUCAAACUGAAAUUGAAAGCAAGUGUGAUGAAAUUAGCAGUUUGAAAGAAACUUUGCUUUCACGAGAAAAUACUAUUCAAGAAGCAAAUGAAAAAAUUCAUGUGUUUAUGGAAAAGGAAGCCAAAUUAAAUGAAGACAUUUUAAAAGCUAAAGACUUAUGCUCUCAAUUAGAACUAAAAGUGAAUGAAAAAUCUGAAGAAAUAAGUGAUUGGGAACUGAAGUAUGAAGAUUUGAAAUGCAGUGUGAAAGAACUUGAAAAUGACAAACAUCAACUAACAUUAGAUUUGAAAGCUCAACAGCAAGAGAAGGAUAGUCUUCAAACUAAAGCUACUGGUGAUUUAGAUAUAAUUGCACAGUUAAAGAAUGAGGUCAAUGAAAUACAGCAACAAAGAAGUAGUGAUAUAACAAAGCUUGAAAAUGAAAUAGAUGAAAUAAAACAAAGAGAAGUCAGUCUUCUUGAAUCAAAAGAAUUUGCAAUUCAGGAGGCAAAGAACCUAUCAAGUAAACUUCAAACUUUAGAAAUGAAUGAAAAUGAUAUGAAACUAGUACAGCAAAAAUUGGAGAAUGAGGUUGAGGAACUGAGACAUAUAAAAGAAACAAAUGAUUUGAAAUGUUCAGAGUAUGAGAAAGAAGUUGAUGACUUGAAGUUGAAGCUUAAUCAAAUAGAACAGGAUAGGGAAACAUGUGAAACUGAUUUAAGACAGGUCACUGUAGAACUGGAAACAAAGAAAAAUGAACUUGUUAAAAAUUUAGAAGAUGCAGUCACAGAUUUACAGGUUAUAAAAGAACAGUUGAAUAAAACUUCAUCAGAAUUAGAAAGUUCCCAUGAAGAGAAGUUGUGUCUUGAGAAAAGUCUUCGCGAGAGUGAGUCAAGAAAUGAGGAGCUUGAACAGAAGGUUGAGUGUUUGAAUGAAAGGAUACUAUCAGUUACAGAUGAUUUAGAAAACCAGAUAGAAGAGAACCAUGCAAAGAUUGAAGAGUUAGAAAAUAUAAAAGUGUCACUGGAAUCAGAAGCGGAUGAUAAUUUGCAAACUUUGCAACAGGAGAAAGCUUCAAUUGAGCAAAUGCUGAAAGAGUUUAUAGAGGAAGUUGAAAAACUUAAAAGUGAUAUUAAAGAAAAGGAAGAGGUUUUGCAAUCUUCUCAGACCAUAUUAGAAACAACUUGUGCUGAAGUAGAGAAGAUAAAAUCAGAGAAGGAAUUAUUAGUAGUUGAGUUAAACCAACUUAAAGAGCAGCUUAAUGAAAAAGAUGCCCUCAUUGAAAGUAAUAAUGAAAAAAUUGAUAAUUUCGAUAUUGAAAAAAGCAGUCUGGAAGAACAAGUUGAAAAGUUUGAAGACUUUAAAGGAGAAAAUGAGAAGAAAGUUUCUGAGCUAAAUGAACUUGUGAAUGAAUUGACCAUAAAAGUGCAAGAAUUGACGAAAGAAAAUAAUGUCUUCAGGGAAGACCAGCAAAAAUAUGAUGAAUCAGAAAGUAAUUACAUGAAAAAAUUAACAGAGCUUUCAGAGCAAAGUAAGAAAUUUGAGGAACAGUGUACUCAACUACAGGAUGAAAAUGAAAAAUUGAAAUCAAAUGCAGAUCAUGAAAAUGAAAAUUUGAGAAAGUUGGAGGAAACAUUAAAAGAAAGAGAGACUAAGCUGGAAAGUUUGGAGCAGGAGAAUGAGAAGAAAGCUUUGGACAGUGAGUCUGAAGUGGACACCCUGAGACAAGAGAUAGCAGCACUGGAGUUCCAGUUGAGUUCUUAUCAGCUGGAGGCUGAACAGAUUCAAAAGGCUGGUACAGAGGAGAAAGACUUUACUGAUAUGAAGGAGAAGUUGAUGGAACAAGAGACAAUUAUAGAUCAAUUACAGUGUGAAAUGUCCGAGUUAAAGGAAGUUGCCAAGAAGUAUAGAGAACAAGAGUUGAAGAUUGAAGGACUACAGGAAGAAUUGAGCAACAAGGAGAUGGAAAAGUCUGAUCUUGCUGAACAACUUGAAAAUCUGCAGAGUGAGCUAAAACAAGAGAUGACUUCCUCUUUAACCGUAAAGAAUUCCUAUGAUAAUCAGAAGGUGAAGACAGAGGAAUUACUACAACAGAAAGAAGAAGAGAUCAUUCAACUUAAAGAAGAUGUUAAUGAAUUGAAAAAGAAACUUGUCAAGUUGAUCAAGGACAAAGAUGAACUAUGGCAGAAGACAGACAAGCUGUCAUUCCAGCAGAAGUUACAGGCUACAGAGAAAUGGAUGGAUGAUGGGAAAGUUACACAUUGUCUCGGAUGUAAUGCUGAGUUCUCAUUUACACUGAGAAAGCAUCACUGUAGAUUAUGUGGGAGAAUAUUUUGUCACACAUGUAGUGGUAACUGGGUACAUACAGCUUCCAGCAGCAAGAAGUCACGAGCAUGUUCUGAAUGUUUUAAACAGUACAACAAGGCAUUACAGGGAGAGGACUGUCAUGUUACCAAUACUGAUAUAGAACAAAGUGUAGAGAUUCCUAAACGACAGGUGCUCGGUUCUCCGUUACCUAGCUCGGCUAGUAUACAAUCUUCUAUCAUAUCAUCUGACGAGGAAUCAGUGACAGAAUCAGCUAUUGCUAGUUGUAAACUGGUAUAUGAUACUGUUACCACAGAAAAUGAUGUAUCUCCACAGACAGAGGCUCUAGGUGGCGAGAAUGUUACCACACAGUUAGAAUCUCAGUUAGGAGCUUCUGGUGGGAACGAGACAGACGAGGAUAAACUGAAAGAUAGUGCUGUUGGUGGCAAAAGUGAUGAAAGGGGAGAUAAUGGCGAGGACAAGUUCCAUGUGAUCAGUGAUGAGGAGAUACAGAGGUCAAUGUCUAUAUCAAUGAGUGGAGAUCAGGAAACUCCAGCUCCCCUAGAUCCCAAUAUGUCUAGCAGUAUGUGUAUCAACAUGGUGUUAUUAUGUGUGUGA